UCUCAAGUUCGCUUCACGUAACUUACCCAGAACUACCUCAAUAUGUUCCACAUGUUUUUCAAAACUCAGAGAGUAAACAUUCACAUCAUCAAUGUAGGCCAGCACAAAGUUCUACAUCGCUUGUUGCAGCACAUGAUCUAUCAAUUGUUGGAAA